GUCUGGGCCCCAUCCAUCCUUCCUCACGACGUCCUCGGCGUCUUGAACCAGUACCCUCAGCAACAUUUUGGGAGAAUGAUGGAGUCCAAAGUCUCAGAAGGUGGCCUGAAUGUGACGCUGACAAUCCGCCUGCUGAUGCAUGGAAAGGAAGUUGGAAGCAUCAUUGGGAAGAAGGGAGAGACUGUGAAGAAGAUGCGUGAAGAGAGUGGUGCAAGAAUCAACAUCUCAGAAGGAAACUGCCCAGAGAGAAUCGUGACCAUCACUGGCCCAACGGAUGCCAUCUUCAAGGCUUUUGCCAUGAUUGCAUACAAGUUUGAGGAGGACAUCAUCAACUCCAUGAGCAACAGCCCUGCCACCAGCAAGCCCCCAGUAACACUGAGACUGGUGGUCCCUGCCAGCCAGUGCGGCUCUCUCAUUGGUAAAGGUGGUUCCAAGAUCAAGGAGAUCAGAGAGUCCACAGGUGCUCAGGUGCAGGUUGCGGGGGACAUGCUGCCCAACUCCACCGAGAGGGCAGUGACUAUCUCAGGGACGCCCGAUGCCAUCAUCCAGUGCGUCAAGCAGAUCUGUGUGGUGAUGCUGGAGUCCCCACCGAAAGGUGCCACCAUCCCCUACCGCCCAAAGCCCGCCUCCACCCCUGUCAUUUUUGCAGGUGGUCAGGCCUACACCAUCCAGGGACAGUAUGCCAUCCCACAUCCAGAUCAGUUGACCAAGCUCCACCAGUUGGCCAUGCAGCAAACCCCCUUUCCUCCCCUCGGACAGACCAACCCCGCUUUCCCCGGAGAAAAGCUGCCUUUACACUCCUCCGAAGAAGCUCAAAAUCUGAUGGGCCAGUCAUCAGGUCUGGAUGCCAGUCCUCCGGCCAGCACCCAUGAGCUCACCAUUCCCAAUGAUCUAAUAGGCUGCAUAAUUGGACGCCAAGGAACCAAAAUCAAUGAAAUUCGACAGAUGUCAGGAGCACAGAUCAAAAUUGCCAAUGCCACCGAAGGGUCAUCAGAGCGCCAAAUCACCAUCACCGGAAGCCCGGCCAACAUCAGCCUUGCCCAGUAUCUCAUCAAUGCCAGGCUCACAUCCGAGGUCACUGGAAUGGGUGCGCUCUAA